UAUAAUUCUGUAAAGAAGUUCUCUGAUUUAAAAUCAGUAAUUUCUACAAAGAAUGAGCUUAAGACAAGCACAAAUAAAUCAAGUUGUGAAAAUUAUAGAACCAGACGUUUAAAAGGCUAUACUGAUAAAAACGAUGUGUUUCUUAACACAUGCACGAAAAUUGCUGAUAAUCAAAAAGAAAUAUUAGAAGAAGCCAUAUCCUCUAAACUCAAUUUUUGUAAGUACAUGAAUUAUCUGUUUUAUGACAUGCUAAAUACUAUGAAACCAUUUCAUUAUUAUGUAUUAUUAAACCAGUUUUAUAGUGAAAUUGAAAAAUUUUGGGAUUGUUUAGAGCACAUGGAAGAUAUUGACAUAAAUACAUAUGAAAAACUUAAAAUUUUAUAUGAAUUGUAUGAUGAUUUCAUUGAAUUUAAAAAAGAAUCAUACACGGAAAAUGCAAUAUCUUGUGAGCAUGGUGCAAAAUGUGUUCAACUCUAUACAACUCACUCAAAAAAGUGUAAAGAUAAUUACAACAAUAAGUUUUGCAUGAUAUUAAUAGAUUUUAGAAAAGAGUAUGAAGAUUAUAAGACUAAAGUAAAAAAAUGUGGGGAUAGUAUGCAAUACUUAGAGCCAAUAAUAAGUGAUUCAUCAUCUCCCUUUUUAGUAUCAACCGCUGCAAUGUCAGCAAUAUCUGUCGCUUUGUUUGUUUCUUACAAGGUGCAUGGUUACGUCCUAGAUUACCAGGUGGCAAAAAGAAAGCGAAUAUAG